GCUCAUGCGUAGUAUCUGAUUUCCGGUAGUGGCGCAAAGUGGAUGCGUUAUGUAGCCAAAGAAAGAGAAUUCCGCAAAUAAUUUUCAUCAAAAGCCUACGUCAACAAAACGAACUAUGGUACUCAGUGCAAUAAAAUGUGUCGUUGAGUAACUGAUUAGGUUGGAUUGAGGGUUUCUGACCGAAGAUGGAUGGGUUUUCAACGAGUAAUCUGUAACUCAUUUUAGUGAGCUGUUGAAAGAAUGCAGAAUGACGAUAGACAAAUGGCAGAAGAACAACAUGAGAUUGUUGAUGAAAGUAAUGUGGUGUUCCCAUCUGGGUUACCACAGACAAUACUUGUCCAAAAUGUGCAUUCCACAAAGCAGCAACUAACAGGUCAACCAGAUGUUUUUAAUGCUGGUUUAGAAGAGUUGCAAAGAUCCUUACAAGGAACUGCCACGGAAGGAAAUAAAAUCAGUACAAUUGGCAGGGGAACCAUUCAUCACACCGGUCAAAGUCCUUCUUUUGGGGGGCAAAGCUCUCGACCCAACCUACCUCAACAACAUAUAGUGACCAUGAGUAAUCAAACACAUAAAAGUGCCAGUUCUCUGCUGGGAACAAGUAGUUCAGCUUCAGUUUCCAGUAGUAGACCGUUAGUGGAUUCAAAACCUCCAGCAUUGAAUUUAACUUUUCCAAACUUGACUGCAUAUGCUAAUCAGUCUGGUCCAUCUCCUAAGAAGAAAAUUAAGUUAGAGGAAAAGCCUGCAGCUACCCAAGAGAUAGCAAAUCAUAGAAAAUUAAUUUUGGAUCUCAAGUAUAAGAAUAUGUUGGAUAUUAAAGAACCAUACAUAGAUAACCUGACAGAAAUGUUCUUUCUACAAAAUGGAGGGAAUUUGAUGGAUUUUCUGGCAUGGAAAAAAAGACCAACUCCACAAUUGGUUCACUUUUUGAAAUCUGGGAGUUUGGAUAGUGAUGAUGAAGAAGAAAGUAGUUUAGAGAGGAAAAUUAAUAACGAGGUGAAGGUUAUCACAUGCAGUGGAAGCAAUGUCCCAUUGGCAACACCUGUAGCUAUAUCAACCACUCUACCUCCAUCUGUAGCUGCCUUAAAUCAACAAGCAGGCUUUGAUCCACGACGCCCAGGGGGAAGACAUGGGAUGAUUUUUGGUCAUGUGCAGCAUCUCUCACAACCUCCUACUAUUCUCCCUAUCCUUCAAGCCAGUCCCAUUAUUCUGCCAGGUACAGUUUCCACAGAUAUCUUGGCUCCAAAGAGUACUAUACAGUCAAUUCCAGUUCAGAGGACUGUUUCUACUACUACUGUGACCACUAUUACUGUCUCAGCUCCUGUAUCAAUGCCACAACUCCAAAGUCAUCUAGCCAAGGCCAUCACAGAAAGCAAAUCUUCAGUGGCUCAGACAUCCUCCACCAAGUCCACUGUUGCUGCCUCGCCAAUAGUGUCGGCAUCAAUCUCUGUAACAAAAACUACCAAAUCACCUCCAGUGUCACCAAGUAUUCAGCAGCCGAAGACCCCAACUAUAGCAGGUGUUUAUGAUGGUACACCAGGUGUAGGAACACAGGAAGCUAUAGUAGAAAGAGCGAAACAGGAAGCCCAGGUGAUGCAAAGAGUUGCUGAACUUAGGAAGGAAGGAUUAUGGUCAACAAGAAGGCUUCCCAAAGUGCAAGAACCUCCAAGAAAUAAAGGACAUUGGGAUUAUCUACUGGAAGAAAUGCAAUGGUUAGCUGCUGAUUUUUCACAGGAAAGGAAAUGGAAAAAGGCAGCUGCAAGAAAGGUAGCGAAAAUGGUAUCCAAAUAUUUCCAAGAUCUUGAACAGAGAGAAAUAAGAGCAGAGAAGGAAGAGGCUUUGAAACUGAAGAAAAUAGCUAGUCAAAUGGCAAAGCAGGUUCGGGAAUUUUGGAACAAUAUUGAGAAGGUAGUUCAGUACAAAUCACAAGCAAGACUAGAGGAGAAAAGAAAGAAGGCUUUGGAUUUACACUUGAAUUUUAUUGUGGACCAAACAGAGAAAUAUUCCACUUGGCUAACUGAAGGACUAAAGAAGGAAGGGACAUCAAUAGGAAGCGAGUCCAGUACAGUAACUCCAGCCCACAGUGAUGCAGGAGAUGAAGAAUUCAAACCAAUCAAAGAAGAUGAAUCAGAUGAUGAAGAGACUAUUGAAAAGGAAGAAGCUGAACAGGAUCAGCUUAAUACCAAAGCAGAGUUAGAUGCUUUGCAGAAGGAAAGUGAACUUCCCAUUGAGGAACUCUUGAAAACAUUGCCAAAAGAAGUUCUAGAAAAUCCAGUUCCCAUACCCUCAGAUGUGCUAAAUGAAGAGGAGGAGAAAGAUUCAGAAUUUAAAGCAAUUGAAGAUGAAAAAGAUGAGGAAGACACAAUAGCUGAGCAGGAGGAACAAGAAAAGAAAAUAGAUUAUUCCAAGGAGUUGACAGAUCUACAGGAUGAAAGUGAAAUGACCAUGGAGGAAUUAUAUCAGAAGUAUGCAGGAGCUUACGACAGUGACUUUGAAAUGCCUGAGGAAGAGGAGGAAGACAGUGAAGAGGAAGAUUCAGAGGAGGAAGAGGAGGAGAGUGAAGAAGAAGAGGAGGAGGAGGAAGAAAGUAUGGGAGAAGAUAAUCCAGAGAAGGAUGAUGUUGGAUUGGAGUUUUUAGCACAGAAAGACAAUGACUCUAAAUCUCAGGGUGAUUAUGAUCAAGAAGGUCCAGGGAAAGAAAUCAAUGAUAUUGCAGCACAGGCCCAAAGUCUUCAACCCAAAGGGUACACCCUGGAAACAACAACUGUUAAAACAGCUGUGCCAUUCUUGCUGAAACAUACACUACGAGAAUAUCAACAUGUUGGAUUAGACUGGCUUGCUACUAUGUAUGAGCAAAGAUUAAAUGGAAUUUUGGCUGAUGAGAUGGGUCUUGGAAAGACUAUUCAGACGAUUGCAUUAUUAGCUCAUUUGGCUUGUGAGAAAAGUAUAUGGGGACCCCAUUUAAUUGUUGUUCCAACAAGUGUAAUGUUGAAUUGGGAGAUGGAGAUAAAGAAAUGGUGUCCAGCAUUCAAAAUACUCACUUACUAUGGAUCUCUGAAGGAAAGAAAACUAAAGAGACAGGGUUGGACCAAAACCAAUGCCUUUCAUAUCUGUAUAACAUCUUACAAGCUUGUUAUACAAGACCAUCAGUCUUUCAGAAGAAAAAAGUGGAAAUAUUUUAUAUUGGAUGAGGCCCAGAAUAUAAAAAACUUCAAAUCUCAAAGAUGGCAGACUCUUCUCAACUUCCAAAGUCAGAGACGUCUGCUUUUGACUGGGACGCCUCUUCAGAACAGUUUAAUGGAAUUGUGGUCUCUGAUGCAUUUUCUUAUGCCUCAUGUGUUCCAGUCUCAUAGAGAAUUCAAAGAAUGGUUUGCUAAUCCUCUAACAGGAAUGAUUGAGGGAAGUCAUGAAUACAAUGAGAGUCUAAUCAAAAGACUACACAAGGUUCUGAGGCCAUUCUUGUUGCGUCGGUUGAAGCAAGAUGUGGAAAAACAGAUGCCCAAAAAAUAUGAACAUGUGGUUAUGUGCCACCUCUCAAAGAGACAAAGAUACCUAUAUGAUGAUUUCAUGUCUCAGGCUAAAACAAAAGAAACACUUGCCACUGGACAUUUCAUGAGUGUAAUCAAUAUCUUGAUGCAAUUGAGGAAAGUUUGCAACCAUCCAAGUCUUUUUGAUCCAAGACCAAUUGUAUCGCCAUUCAAAACAGAUGGCAUCAAUUACUUAGUUCCAUCACUGGUGCUGAAUUGCUUGAAUUAUGAUCCUUUCAAGGAGAUUGAUUUACAUUCGCUGUAUCCCAGUUUGGCUGACAUGGAGUUGAACCUCCCGGCUUUUGUGGCACAUAGAGUGAAAAAGCUUCAAACUCCAAGGAGAUUAAUUGAGGAAAUCGAUAGUGAACCAGAGCCUCUGAGCAGUCUCCCACAUGGAAAGCUUAAACCAGUUACCUUCAAGGGAAUUGCUUCUGUUCAAGCAACUGGAAGAGCAUCUCCCACUGCUGCUGGGAAAUCUACACCUGCUUCACCAGCUGUCCAAUCUACAGGGAAGACAGAAACUGUGAAUGGUCCUCCUGUAGAGACUGUACAAACCCCAGUUACAAGUGCAAUACCUUCUUCUGUACAACAGCCAGUCAAAGUUCAGGCACAGCCAGCUGGACCGACUGGAGCUCAGCAGCCUCUCACUGUUCACAUUCAACAAACAGAUCAGGGAGCCCGUCUGAUGAUUCCUGCAGGCCAGCUAUCACAAUUACCAGCUGGGUUCAUACAAAUUGUACAAACUUCCACUGGUCAGCAGAUCAUAGCUACAUCUACUCCGAUGUCUACAUCUAGUCAAGUCUUGGCCAGCUUUCCCACAUCCUCUGUACAGGCCUUAAGUGUGGCUACCACUUCUUCCCUAGUUGUUAAUGGUCCACCCACAAUUACAACAGUGGCUUCUUCAACCACUAGUACCUUGGUUACGAGUGUCAAUGCCCAGGUGAAGACAACUCCAGCAGUACAACUGCCCACCAGCACCACUCGUAUAGCCACCUCAAAACCUGUAAUGAGGGUAUCACCACUGUCUUCUGUGGUUCCAACCACAUCCACUCAGGACCCUUCUGUAUCCAAGCCGUCCACAGCACAGGUUAUGACUACCACGUCACUGAAGUCGUCUAAGAUGUCAGUUUUGCAGUGUGAACCUGUGCAAAACAAAAGCUCUCCGUUUUACAUGGAAUCUCUGACAUCAAAGCUUCAAAAUCUAAGGAGGCAGAAAUUGGAGUGUAUAUCAAAAAUCAAUGCACGGAGAUGUGAAUGUAAACCAGUGUAUGGACAAGACUUGUGUGAUGUUGUGGAUGUUUGUAAAGAUUUGAACAAAACUUCUGUGAAGGAUAAUGCAUGGAAGGGACUUGGUAUGGCAUAUUGUCGUAAUGUGAAAUCUUGGAGAAAUCCAAAUAAUCCAGAUAUUUAUUGGAAACAGACCACAGUGCUUUCAGAACUUGUUCAUUCCCCAAUGGAUUAUUUAAGGGAAAUGCAAGAUAUUCUUUCUAGGUUUGUGUUUGUGACACCAACAAUUGUGUCUCCUCAAAUACAGCUUCACGCUUCACAUCCUUCUCCAUCCUACCUCAGUGAGCAAAGGAGAACAGAGUUCUGCCUCAGACAAAACAUCUCGCCAAAAACUGGUUGUCUUCAUCAAAUCUCAUCCAAAAUGACUGUACAGUUCCCAGAGCUGCGAUUAAUUCAGUAUGACUGUGGAAAGCUACAAACCAUGGAUAUUUUGUUGAGAAAACUUAAGUCAGGAAGUCACCGAGUGCUCAUCUUCACCCAAAUGACCAAAAUGUUGAAUAUUUUGGAAUCAUUUUUGAAUUACCAUGGUCAUAGGUAUCUUCGAUUAGAUGGUACAACCAAGGUGGAACAGAGACAGUUUCUUAUGGAGCGGUUUAAUGCAGACAAGCGUAUUUUUGCCUUCAUUUUAUCCACUCGUUCGGGAGGUAUUGGUGUGAACUUAACCGGAGCAGAUACAGUAAUAUUUUAUGAUAGUGAUUGGAAUCCUACCAUGGAUGCUCAAGCCCAAGACAGGUGUCACAGGAUAGGACAAACUCGAGAUGUUCACAUUUACAGGUUAAUUAGUGAACGAACAGUUGAAGAAAACAUCUUAAAGAAAGCAAACCAGAAAAGAAUGCUAGGUGAUAUGGCCAUUGAAGGAGGUAACUUUACCACAUCCUUCUUCAAACAGCAGACCAUACAGGAUCUGUUUACAGAACCAUCGGGUCUACAAAGCUUAGCAAAUGAAAUGUCAGAAAAAGAAAAGAUCAAAGAGACUGUGAAAGUAAAGAAGGAGAUCAAAGAGAAUGUGACGGGGGAGACUAAAGCAGGAGGUGAUGCCAAGGAAGAAAACGUGGUGCAGUCCGAGAAAAACAUCAUGGCUCAGUUUGAGAAGGUUUUAGCGAAGGCUGAAGACGAGACUGAUGUUCAGGCAGCAGAUCUUGUUAAAGCUGAACAGAAAGCAGAAUUGGCAGAGUUUGAUGAAAACAUUCCAUGGGAUGAGCGAGAAGCGGAGCUAAAGAAAGAGGAGGAGCUGUCUAAAGUAGAGCAGGAAAUUGCUAUGUUAGACAAAGAGCUUACUCCAGUCGAGCGCUAUGCAGUCAACUUCAUGGAGCUUGAAAUGGAUCCGAUGGAGGAAUUGGAAAUGGGAGAGGAGGACAUUGAAAAUGUCAAGAAAGACUGGGAACUUGGUCGUCUUAAGGCAUUGAAAGAAGAAGAGGAAAGAAGAGCAGAGUUGGAGGAAGAUGAAAUGUUGUACAUCUACUCUAGGGAUGAUGCUUACAACCAGGUCUUCCUAUCUGAUAUUGAUCAGGAGAAAAUGCCUCUAUGGGCGCCGCCUACCCCACCCCAUGAUGACAAUGACAUCUACAUAGACCAGAGUCUGCUGUUUCUGUAUGAGCCCAAUGUGAUGCCAGAGACACAGCUUCCUCCAGUCUACAUCAAGAAGGAACACAAAAAACCGAAAAUCGAGUCCAUCACAACACGCCAGAAAAAACAGCGCAAGGAGGAACAGACAAGAGUGCCUAGAUCACUGUUUGACCGUCCCUCUGCUCAGCUUUUAAAGAUUCGCAGGGAGCACAAACAAAAGAGCGGCCUUCUUAAGCCCUUCCGACCUGUACCUCCACCCAUUGUCAAACCCAAUGUGGAUACUGCAGAUCACCCAGAAUGGCUUAUCCAUGAGGACUGGGCUCUUUUACAGGCUGUGCAGAGUCUGUUUGAUGUUCCUCUGAACCUGCUGGUUGUAUCUCCGGCACAUCACCCAAACUGGGACCUGGUGGCUGAUGUUGUAAACACAUGUAGUCGUGUGUACCGUUCAGCCAAGCAGUGUAAGAAUCGAUACGAAAAUGUCAUCAUUCCCAGAGAGGAGGGCAGGAUUCUCUACGAUAUUAACCCAAGAAAACAGAGCAAAAAGACCAAGGGAAUAUACAAGACGAAAAACAAUCGCCCAAUGCGGACCAGCCAGUUGUAUAUCCAAGACAACAACCAGGCAGUGACCAUGUUGUAUUCGUUCCGUUUCGAGUCUUCAAAACAGAUAGCAGGAAAGAGACCGCCUCCUUUGAAACAAACGCUUGUUAACCCAACCCUGAAAAAUCCCAAGCAUGCCACAGUGUUGUCGGAGAAUAACAUUAACUAUGACCAUCCGCUGAAUCCUAUGAGUGUGGCUGAGAUCCGUGCUCAGCGGAUACAGAGGGAGAAAAAACAGAGUCAGGCAGCUGCUCAAGCCACAGCAGACCAGCAGUUAGCAGCCCAGAGACCUGCAACUCAGACGGCUGUGACAAGUGGUACUUCUGUAGUGCAGCAGGCUACCUCCACCGUCGCAGUCGCUCCAGUGGCACAGCCCAUUCAGACGGCAGUGGUCUCCUCAGCUGUUCUGCAGACGGGGGUGGUACAGAAAGUAGCGGCUGUAGGACAGGUAUCGGUGACUCUACCCAGGACCGCCACGGGAAACAUCGUGGUCAACACGCAGGGAGGAGUGCCAACCAACUUUGCUGCCAUCAACAAGAGAAUGAGUCAGCAGGCCACUGUAGCUUCCAUUGCUCAACCAGCCACUGUGACAGUUGCUGGGGCAAUUACACCAGCUAACAUUAGGACUCAAAGAACAGCAGCUCCUCUGACAAUACAGGAGAUAACAGCCAUAGCAUCCCAGCCUCAGACCCAGGUGACCAUGUCCAUAGGGACCGGUCAACAGGUGGCCAGAACACAGCUACAGACCACAGUUACCGGGGCUCAGUUGACCGCAGUUCAGAGAGCUAGCACCGGCCAGCAACUAACACAGCAGACAGUUACCAAGAACCUGACUCAUCAGCAGUUGUUACAUCUGCAGCAGAGGCAGAACCUGAUUAACCAACAGAAACUGCAACAGCAACAGGUUCAGCAACAACAGGUUCAGCAACAACAACUCAGGAUGCAGAAAGUCAAUCUAACACAACAACAGUUGAAGCAGCUUGGCAGAGGUCAAAAAGCAGUUAUUGCUCAGCAGCUUGUGACAGGUGUUGGCCAGCUCACAACAGCACAGUUGAUUCCUCAGGCACAAGUUCAGCACAUAGCCCAGACAGCUACAGUUGCUGGAACUUCGGGAACACAGCUGGUGAAGACAGUGUCUGCUCCUGCUAGUGGAGUUCAGAUCCCUGUCAGCACUGUCAACAUUAAUGUCAGUGUGCCACAGCAAAAAGGACUGGUGGGUAAAUCUGCCACUGUGAGCCAACUUCCACAAGCAAAAAUCCAACAUAUUCAACAGAUGCAAAUGAGGCAUCAAUUAGCAAAGCAACCACAGAAAAUCACCUCUGUUAGUCAGCCAUUUGGAAAAGGACAGAGUUUCCCAUUGAAUGCUGUCCAAAUCAUUCAGCAGCCGGCUUCAGGCACAGGUGGACGACAACACUUGACCUAUUCUCUCCAACAAAUCAUGCAGCAAAACAAAGGCUCGGGCAUGAUCAUCACAUCUCAACCCAUCAUCACCACAGUAACACAGAGUCAGCAGCCCACAGGGCAAAUAAUGACAAAAGUUCUUGGUACUUCAGCAGUUCCCACAACUCACCUUCAGACUUUGUCUGCCACACCCAUUUCUGUUACUCAUGUUUCUGCUGUACAAGCCUCUAAUGUAACAGCUCAGCCUGCUGCCUCAUCUAUCAGCAUCACAGGAGUGGCUGGCCAAGCUGGAAAACCUCUGACUGUCACUACAGUGGCCCAGGAUUCCAGCUCGGGUACUACGAUACAGGUGCAGCCAACGGCAUCAGCUCAACAAGGAUCACAGACUACAACACAACAGUUGAUACCACAGACUCAGGUUGUCCAACAGGUGCCUGUUGCAUCACACACUCCACAGAAAAUCAUUUCCACAGCCCACCAAAUACAGGUCAAUUCUGGGACCCUCCAACAAAUGCAGACUGGCAGCAUUGCCCAGGCUGGGCAGUCCACACCCACUGCUGUUACUGUGACUAUAACCCCGGCAGCUCAGUCCUCCCCCAGUACGGGGACACUUCUACAGCAGCCAGUGAUAGUGACCCAGACAACCCAAACCACCUCACAGCCCAGCACUGUCACCUCCCAAGCAGCCCUAGCCGCAGCAGCAGCCUUACCAGCCACAAAUGUAACGGUGGCUUCUGCUGCUCAGUCCUCCAGUCUUUCACAACAGACGACACCGGGCGCCGCCAAACCAGCGGCUCCUUAUGCCAUGAGGACGAGAAAUCACCCCAAAACAUGAGAAAUGUAUUGGCAGAGAGUGUGAUAAAUAUGUAUUUAUCAGAUCUGUGAACAUUUUACUUUGCUAUAUAGAUUUCCAUUCAUUUCAUAAAACAGGUUGUGCUUGAUCAUUCAUACUGAUAAAACAAUAUUUCAUUGAUGGAGUCCGUGUCUAUUUCAAAGAUUUGCAGCAGCAGUGAAUUGCCAUUUCCCAGGUAACUGGAAAUGGAGGAACACCUAUUUAUAUAAUUUCAAAAACGUUGCUAUAUUGUAUAUAUGCAUGAAAAGUAAUAUUCUACUUUUUGAUAAUCUUAAAUGUAUAUAGUAAAUAGUGAUGAAUGUUUUGUUAGCUGGGUAUAUGUGUAACUUUCAUGCACGUGUGUUUUUAUUAUCUGUGACAUAUACCUAGUACAGAAAUUAAAAAAGACUGAAAACUGA